AUGAGGAUCAAUACAAUUCUGAACUUGGCUACACUGAUGGUAGCGAUAUCCGCAUCGCCAGUUUCAUCAACGACAACUGCACAUGUGGUCCACGAACGACGAUCCGAACCUCCCGCAAAAUGGUCAAGGGCCUCUCGUCUUCACCCAGAAGCAGUCUUUCCGGUACGGAUAGGUCUCACUCAACAAAACCUCCAUCGAGCAGAAGAGUUCUUGAAUGAGGUAUCACAUCCAGAAUCCAAAUUAUAUGGUCAGCAUUGGGGACCUGAAAAGAUUGCCGCGAUGUUUUCUCCGACCCAGGAAACGAUGGAUGUAGUGAGAGCUUGGUUACAUGAAUCUGGUAUUGACCCAGCGCGAGUCAAGAUGAGUCAGGGAAAUGCGUGGAUGAUAUUUAAUGCUACGGCUGGUGAAGCUGAGAGUUUAUUGAAGACGGAGUAUCAUUUAUAUCAACAUGAAAGGGGACAUCAACAUGUUGCGUGUCACGAAUAUAGUAUUCCGAGACAUUUAUCCGAACAUAUUGAUUUCGUUACUCCAACGGUACAUUUCGACAAAAGAAUUGGAGCACCCAGGAAACAACUCCAGGAUGAUAAGGAUCUUCCUGCUCCAUUACAAGCAUUGAAUCGACGGGCCAAAGAAUUGCGAAAGAGAGCUGGACUCGGUGUUCCGGAUAUCAAAUCAAUUGGAAAAAUGGGAAGUCCUGAAGAUGCAUCAAAUCCUAAACAAGGAGCUGAUAUUAAGAAUGCUCUCAUGUCACUCGAAGAUUGCGAUACAAUGAUCACGAUUCAAUGUCUUCGAGCACUUUACAAUUUUCCUCCUGGUUCGAAAUCUGCUACCAAUAAUACCCUGGGUGUUGUGGAAUAUACACCUCAAGCAUUUCUUCAAACCGAUUUAAACAUGUGGUUCAAGCAAUUCCAGCCCGCUCAAGCAAACAUGGUCCCAAUCGUAGAUCUGAUUGACGGCGCCGUCGUCCAACAAACCAACCAAUCCUUCGCAUUCAACGGCGAAAGCGCCCUCGAUCUCGAAUUCGCCAUGGCCCUAAUAAACCCCCAACAAGUAACCGUCUACCAAGUCGGUGAUCUAGUUGAAGGCGGCUCUUUCAACAAUUUUCUCGAAGCAAUAGAUGCGUCCUAUUGCACCGCCGAUGGCGGCGACUCCAAAGAUCCAAAUGUCGAUGGUCAAUACCCCGAUACCAAACCCGGCGGAUUCCCAGGUCAACUCCAAUGUGGAGCCUACCAAAGUACCAAAGUAAUCUCCACAUCCUACAGUGCGAAUGAAGCGGAUCUCGGCGCCAAAUACGAACAGAGACAAUGCAACGAAUACAUGAAACUCGGUCUCCAGGGCGUGUCCGUACUGUACUCCAGUGGGGAUUUCGGCGUCGCAGGUAACGGAGGCCAAUGUAUUGAUGCCACGACCGGCGCAUACAACGAUGGAUCGACGGGGAUUUUCAAUCCCAGUUUUCCCGGCACGUGCCCGUAUAUUACAAGUGUGGGCGCCACGCAGGUGAUGAAUGGGAGUUCGGUGCACAGUCCCGAGAGCGCGAGCAGUCGGGUGAUAUUUAGCGGUGGGGGAUUUUCGAAUGUUUUUGCCGUGCCCGCGUAUCAGAAAACGGCCAUGGCGACUUAUUUUGCGGAGCAUGCUCCGACAUAUGGGGCGAAUCAGUUUAAUAAUUCGCAGAUGGUGAGAGGGUAUCCGGAUGUGAGUGCCAAUGGGGUUAAUUACGUGACGGCGGUGAAUGGUCAAUUCUCCCUGGCAUUUGGGACGUCGGCGAGUUGUCCGGCAUUUGCGAGUAUCUUGAAUUUGGUGAACGAGGAGAGGAUUGCCGUGGGGAAGGGUAGUGUAGGGUUUGUGAAUACAGCGUUGUAUGCGAAUAUGGGGGUGAUGAAUGAUAUUGUUAGUGGAACGAAUCCAGGGUGUGGGACGGAGGGGUUUGAGGCGGUGCCGGGGUGGGAUCCAUUGACGGGGAUGGGGACGCCAAAUUUUCCGGCAAUGUUGGAAAUGUUUAUGAAGUUGCCUUAG